CUGAGAAUGACGCCAAGAUGCACAAAAAUGCAGCUUGCAUUGCGUUGACAAAGGGAGUGUGUCAGUGUGUUUGACCUUUGCUGCCUUCAAAAGUGCAGCAGCGGCAGAAGCUGAAGCCCAGGUGCGCUUCUUUGCAGAAGUUUCAUCUGGAAUUACCGGUACCUUCCUCCUCCAAAUCAUUGCCGAUCCCUUGAGGUUGAAGGAAUAAUCCAUUCAGCACUGCGGAGUGAUCGGUGGCCUUUGGAAAUUUAGUCAGGGUCAGGGCCUUCGUCCUGGCGAGCAAACCCUGAAUUCAAGCGCUGCAAGUCAAAUUUGUUGUCGAGUUGUUCAGGUCUAGUGCAAAGUCGUUGUUGAGGUCAUUCCUGUCUGCACAUUGCUGGGGCAGAGAGGCUGAGACACAUUCCUAGAGGAUUCCUAGAGCAUAUGCUGCAAAAUUAGCCAGAGUUUGUUGAAAACCAGGGUUGAGCAGUUGGGAGCCAGCCAGCAUGGCUGCCCCUGAAGAAGUCAAGAAGGUCCUCGUUGCCCUGAAGAACAACAAAGAUACUGAAUGCAAGGCGGCCCUGCACUGGGCAAUUACUACUUUCAUAAAACCCGGUGUAGAUGAGGCGGUUCUUGGCCACGUCCUGAAGUUUCCAGACCUCAUUCCAACUGCCAUGGGAAGAGUGCCUUUUGCUUGGGCGGAGGACAAGUUCCAAAAUGCAUACCUGAAGGUGGACACAGAGAAGGCAGGGAUUUUCCUCAAGGACUACCAAGAGGUCUGCAAGGAGAAGAAGGUAACCGCUUCUUUCAUGGUUCGCUGGUGCGAUGACCGUGAGUCGGGCAUCCUUUCACUGGUGGAAGAGACUGGGGCCACGCACCUCGUAAUGGGAACUGGCAGCACAAAGUCCAAGUUCACCACCCUUCUGAAGGGGAAGAGCCUGACUGCACGGGUGGCGAAGCACGCUCGCUGCAGCGUAUACCUCAUCAACAACAGGGCGGAGCUGGUAACCUCUCACAUCUAUGACGGAAAGAGGGGUGCAGCAGGUUCAGGAGCAGCCAACGGCUCGCAAAGUGAUGGUUCGAGCUCAAGCACGCCUUCUCCAACGGCCUCACCCUCAUCCGUACUCCCACCAGUACUCCCUCCCAUCCCCCUGUCCCCACUCCCCCGAAACGAGACCGUCACUGUACCACACACCCCUCCGGCCACCCCCGCAGUAGCCAUCCCCAGCGCCCCGGUUCUUCCCCCCGGAGACUAUUCACACCCCUGGGGUUCUAUUCCAAGCCCUCACUCCCAGCCGAGCAGCAGCCCCCGGUCGCUUUACAGCGAGCCCGGGCCGUCUCCCCAGGGGGGCCUCCAACCCCCGAACUUAUACGCGCAGUCUUACAGCGGAUACAUCAUCACAGAGUCGGGUAGCUUUCUUCCAGCUCCAAGGACGUCCGCGAACGGGCAUGCCGGCCCGCAAAACGGGAGCAGGUUCGAGCGUGCGGACAUGGCAACCGGGCCUCAGGUUUGGGUGAACAGCGACGGUCAGCAAUUGUCUGGUGACGAGCCUGAAUUCCAAAUUUACGAGGAACGACAAAGAGAGAGGGGCGGGCAGAGUCCGGCUAGCAACGGACCGGCGAAGGCGCGCUUUGACAACGGCGAGCUGGCGGAGGUUCUAAGGAAGCUGAAAAUGUCGGAGGAAGCGACAGCCAGGCUACAAGCCCAGCAGGCCGACUACGAGCGGCAGCUGCGCGAGGCCGAGUCGCGCGCGCUGUCGGCAAACAGCCUUGCGGAGGCCGAGCGCGCGCGCGCGCUCGCCGCGCACCAGGAGCGCGAGCUCGCGAAGCAGGAGAGCGCGCUCGCGCGCAGGGCGGAGCAGGAGGCGCGCAACAAGGAGCGCGCGGCGCAAGAAGCGGCGGAGAGAGAACGCCAGGAGCGGGUCGCGGAGCGGCAGCAGGCGGCGGAGCACUACAAGGAACUGCUCGAGCGGCAGAAAGCGCAGCGGCAGUACCGCACGUACUCGUUCCGCGAACUAGAGGCGGCCACCGAAAGCUUCAGCCCGGCGAAGCUUCUGGGGGAGGGCGGCUUCGGGCAGGUCUACCUGGGCAGGCUGGAGCACACGCCGGCGGCCAUCAAGAUUCUAAACCCCGAGGGGUUACAGGGGCCCGACGAGUUCAAGCGCGAGGUGGAGAUUUUGAGCGGCCUGCGCCACCCGCACAUCGUGAUGCUCAUGGGCUGCUGCCCCGAGCGCGGCUGCCUCGUCUACGAGUACUGCGCCAACGGGUCGCUGGAAGACCGCCUCGCCAGGAAGGGCGACUCGGCGGCGCUGCCCUGGUUCACCAGGAUCAGGAUCGCCUUCGAGGUCGCGGUCGCCCUCCUGUACAUGCACACUUCCCGCCCCAGCAUCAUCCACAAGGACCUGAAACCCUCCAACAUCCUGCUCGACCAGAACCUGACCUCCAAGCUGGGUGACGUCGGCAUUGCCAGCGUGGCACCCGAGCUCGCGACCGCGACGUUCACGGGCAUGACGCGGCGGCGUGGUGGAGGCAGGCAGGCGCAGACGUCAAUUUUCGACUCCAGCCCACAAGGGACCCCCAUGUAUAUAGAUCCAGAGUACCAGCAGAAAGGCACGUUCAACCAGAAGAGCGACGUCUACGCGUUCGGCAUAUGCCUCCUCCAGCUCCUCACCAACCGGCCGCCCCUAGGAAUCGUGGGCGCCGUCGAGGACGCCCUUGACGAAGGAAACGUCCUGCCAGUCGUCGACCAAACGGCGGGGAGCUGGCCGGAAGAGGUGGCGACCAAGAUCGCCAACCUGGGCCUCAAGUGCGCCGAGAUCCGGCGCCGCGACCGGCCCGACCUGGAGAAAGAGGUUCUGCCGGUACUAGAGGCGGCGCGUACCCUGGCCAUGGAAGCGGCCGCCCGGGAGGCCAGCCAGGGGCUCAACCAGGGGGCGACUCCAGAAGCGACCGGGGAAGAGGACGUUGUGCCCAGCAUUUUCUUGUGCCCCAUCAGCCAUGACAUCAUGGAAGAUCCCGUCGUGGCUGCCGACGGCAACACGUACGAGCGGGCCGAGAUCGCGCGGUGGUUCCAGCGCAAGCGCACGUCGCCGCUCACCAAUGUGCCUGUGACAAACCUGCUUCUCACGCCGAACCUGAUUAUCCGGAGCGCGAUCAAAGAAUGGCAGGAGGGCAACCGGCGGUCCAUGUCCCGGGGGUUUACCGGGGCAGGCGCAAGGAGUCGGGGAGGCUAAGGUUCACAUCCAAACAACGAGUUGUAGAUAUUUCUGAGCAGCAUCUUGAGCUGAUCUGGUACAAAGGGAUACCACCUUCGAAGAUGGGUGCGAGGAGGAGGCACUCUCCUCUGAUGAGGCACUCUCCUCUGAUAAUGAUUAGUUGAGCGUUGACUGGUUCGUGAUUGGAGACCAGAACCUUGCAGGGAGAAGUGGACGUGAGUCGAAGGGCUCAUUCCGGACUGCGGGGAAGGACAGCUGUAUGAAGAGAGACCGGGGUUGCCUGUGGUGAUAUGUUCAGGCUGCACGUUAGGCAACUUUUCAGAGAAGCCGACCCGGCCCCUCUCGCGGGACAAGCUGAGUCUAUAACGAGGGUCGUUGUGCAUGGGUGCCCAGUUCGGUACCUAUUAAUGCUUGCAACGAGCCUUCGAACCUGUAUACAAAGGUUACGGAUGAUUGUACAAAAGUUAGAACAAUUAACGGCAGGACAGGCGGGGUUGCACG